AACGACUUCUUGGCACCGCACUUGCAUCUAGCCAACCGCGCGUGUGUGUGGACACUCGUUCGCUAUUACAACAUUGUAUUACAGCACCGCACGGUGCAUCAUCUGAGCGUUGCCUCCAGUCGCACAGUUCGUGUCCGUCCGUCAGUUGGGUUCGUUCCGGGAUGGCAAAGUUUGAAUCGAUAACCGUGUGUGCGUUGGUGGUGCUGGGAAUGAUGGUUGGAAAUGGCUGGUCGCUGAUUUGUCGCGACUGUUUCAGCUCCGAGAGCUUCGCUAAAUGCGAGCUAAUGGGCCCAACGGUGAACUGUACGGCGCAAUUGGUCAACCAGAUUCAUGCACGAUUCGUCGACGACAAUCCAACGUUGCUACCCGGUAAUGCUACGGAAUUUAGGUGCUUCCGAAUCAAUGGAUGGCGGAAGCAUGAGAACGGGACGGAUACCGGUUUACGUGGAUUUGCCCAGGGUUGUACGUUCAACAGUACCGACUUCUGCAACGGUUGGACGCGCAGUCUAAACGUUACGGGUUGUACCACCUGCACAAAGGACAACUGCGACCAGGAACCGAGCAUUCCGACCGUCGGUCCACCAGUAACGGCCGUACCCACGAAUCCUUCGACCGGUGCGACGCAGCCUACAACCGUAGCAACCCAGCCGCCUUCGACUAGUGCAACGACGAAAAAACCAUCAAACAGCGCCACGGGGCUGCAGCAGCAGAUGCAGCUAGGCGCGGUCAUGCUUGUAUUACUGAAUGUUUUACUUGGUGCGAGGAAUUAAAGCAACUUCUCUCGACCAUCCAUUGGCUAUAAGUUAGGGAUACGCGUAGAAUCAAUUUCCAACCACCCCAACGGGGAUUAAAUUGAUUCUAAUGAGAUUAUUUGCCAAUUCAUUUGUAAAAUAAAUGUUUUCUAUUUAACA